AUGUCUGGAAUCAACAAUCCUUAUGCUCAAGGCGGCUGGGUUAACCCUCAAAACCCAUACUCCAUCAACGAUCCCCGCGGCUCUGGAGCUCCCCCGCCAUCGAUCUACGGCGCGCUCCCGUACUCCCAAUCCCAGGGACCACCGCGAUUCGUCGAGUUCCAGUUCACUGGUCUAAAUCCCGACGUGCUAAACUGCAUAGUCAUGGGCCCCAACGCAAGGCACUGCUACACCAUCGCCACGAGCCCCGCAUCGUCAAAUUCACCUAGUGUUACUGGGAUUCGCAAUGAUAGAGGAGUGGUCGUUGCGAAGAUCGAGUGGUACCAACGGCCGUCGGUCGAAGCGCCAGAGUUCUUGCCGAAGCAAUAUGCUGGGCAGUGGAUGCCUUUGUCGAAUGAUAUGAGGUGA